AUGAGAAAUAGGAUUAUAAUUACAUCUAAAAUUGAUGAUCUAAUUUCCAAUCUCAAGAAGACAGAGGAGACUCACCCUCCUCCUUAUUUCAGGAAGCUAUCUUUGAAUCCGGAUACAUCUGUGGAGUCUCAGAUAAUGAGUCAUCUGAAGAUUAGAUUGGAUGAUGAUACAUUGUAGACUAGGUUUGUCCAGGAAAAGACGAGAUCCCUUGCAAACAAGAUUAAGCAGCUACAAAACUAAACGAAAUUGAAGAAGACUCAAAUGCCUCAAGAGUAUGUCAGUUUUAUCAAUUCAAUCUAAGAAAACCUGAUACAAUAACAGGAAACCAAGAUAAAUAAGAUUCUAAAGAGACAACAACAGUAUGAGGAAUAGAAUAAGAGUUUUUAUUAAUUUAGAAUAAGGGCUUUGGAGAGACAAUAAUAGCAGAUUGAAUAGAAGCACACCGAGUUGCCGAAAGAAUUCAAAUCGUUUUAUUAACCGAUAGAGGAAGCAUCUGCAAGUUUCAAUAAUAUGGAUUAGAGAAUCAGACAAUAGUUGUUUAAUCGAGGAAAGAGAAAGUUUUUUAGUUUUUGGAAUAACAAUGCGAAUACUCCGAAUAAUUAUGGGAACACUCCAAAUAAUGGGCAAGAAAUGAUCGAAACUUAAUCCUAAUCCUUUUUCCAGAAACAGAAGAAGAGAGUCUCCAUCCAAAAUGCUCCGACUAUUAAAAUCAACCAGGUGGGAUGAUGGGAAAAUCAUGAAAAUCUUAUUACUAUGUUUAUACAGAUUGAUUAACAAUUAGGUAAAUUGGGG